AUGAAAGAAUGUGACGAAUUAAUUUUGAACGAUAUAAAAACAGACGUUGAAUUUGAAGCUGAGUAUAGUAAGAUUGAAGAAUAUGAUCAAAAAAUGGAUUUGGCAAGAGCAGAAAGUGAAAUAUUUUUCAGUAAACAAAUUGUGUUGAAUGGAGCGGCGAGUUCCGUCACUUUAUCGCCANGCCCUCCUACAGCCGCCUGGUGGGGUGGGUUUUGGGAGCGUAUGGUCCAAAUGGUGAAGAACCUUCUGAGAAGAGUUUUAGGAAAAGCAUCCAUAAAUUUUGAAGAGUUGAGUACCGUUCUAUGUGAUGCAGAAGCAGUUAUCAACUCCAGGCCACUCAACUAUUUAUCUGAAGAUCCAGAGGACUUAACACCACUAACCCCAGCUAUGUUCCUUCAGGACGUUCAAACGGUGGGAGUGCCUGACUUAGACAAUUUAGAUAGCGUCAACCUGGCCAAAAGGUGCAGAUAUCAACAGAAAUUGAGAGAGGAUCUCCGGAAGAGAUUUCGGGAAGAGUACCUCAGUAUGCUUAUUCAUAGGCAGGAAAAUAAAAAACCUAUCAAGCGAAUACAAAUUGGAGAUGUGGUCCUCAUCGAGUGUGACAAAAGGAGACUGGACUGGCCAAUGGGACGAGUAGUUGAAGUUUUCCCUGGGAAGGACAACUCGGUUAGAGUCGUAAAAUUGAAAACUGGAAAAGGCGAACUAAUUCGUCCUGUGCAACGAUUGCAUCCUUUGGAACUCGAUUUCACAAAUGAAAUAUUUAACCGUGAACCAUUUAAACAAGUAAAGAUCAAUAACUUUAAAGAUAAAACUAAAGUUGAUAGCCUCAAAGGUGAAACUGAAUUUGGAGAGAUUAGAGAUGAUGAACGAUGCGCAGACUUAAUGAAAACUAAAUGUGGUAGGGCUGUACGAAAACCAACUCGUUACAGUUAA